CCGGAAGAACACAUUUGGACAGCAUGGGUUUGCCUGUUUAAUGAAGGUCCCAGGUGAUCGACUACUAUGCCAGAGUUCCUUAAUAGCAGCUAGCAGGUUAAAAUAAAGGAGAAUGGAAUAGAUCUAACUUUGUAAAAUAACCUGCUAAUAAAUUAAACAUUUAAUGUAUUGUCCUGCAACAAUGCUGCCAGUUUCAGCUGUUUGUGGAGGGAUUUACAGAGCUGCGACCCGUGCGCUCAGGACAAGAAAGAUCCAUCAGUGUCGUCAUCUGUCCUCUGGAGACGGAGUUCUGCAGGCUGGGCUUGCAGAUGCUGACACCAUCUUCGCUUUGUCAUCAGGUCAUGGAAGAUAUGGGGUGGCUGUGGUCCGUAUCAGUGGUCCCGCUGCAACUACAGCAUUAAGAUCCAUGGUAGGGCUCAGGAAGCACCUGCCUCCUCCACGAACUGCUAUGUUACGUAGCAUCACAGACCCCCACUCCAAAGAAAUCCUGGAUCGUGGACUGGUCCUCUGGUUCCCAGCUCCUCAUAGCUUCACGGGAGAAGACAGCGCAGAGUUCCACAUCCAUGGCGGUCCUGCAGUCAUUACUGCUGUCCUACAAGCUCUAGGAAGCGUGCCUGGCAUGAGGCCUGCAGAAGCCGGUGAGUUCACGCGGAGGGCUUUCCAUGCAGGGAAGCUGGAUUUAACCGAGGUGGAAGGACUUGGAGAUUUGAUCCAUGCAGAGACUGAGGCUCAGCGGAGACAAGCUCUCAGGCAGAUGUCGGGAGAUCUGGCACGCCUCUAUCAGAACUGGAGCCACAGAUUGAAACGGUGUUUAGCACACGUCGAAGCCUUCAUAGACUUCAGCGAGGAUGAGCUCAUUGAGGAAGGAGUCUUGGAACAAGUGGACAUCUCAGUGCAUGAUCUGCAAGCAGAGAUUGGACAGCAUCUAAAGGAUGAGAGGCGAGGGGAGAGACUUCGCAGUGGAGUCCAUGUGGUGAUCGCCGGUGCCACCAACGCAGGGAAAAGUAGCCUCCUCAACACACUCUGCCAGAGACCUGCAGCCAUUGUUUCUCCCAUUGCUGGUACCACCAGAGACGUAGUGGAGACAGCACUGGACAUCGGGGGCUUCCCUGUCCUGCUAAGCGACACAGCAGGCCUCAGAGAAAGCCCAGACCUGGUGGAGCAGGAGGGCGUACGUCGGGCUCGAGAGAGGGUGCAGCAGGCUGAUCUGACUCUGCUGGUGGUUGACUCCACGCUCCUCCCCUCUGAGGAGCAUCAAGCUUCUGCGCUUCUCCUGAACCACUUGAGGAGCGUCCUGUCCUCCCAGGAAAAUACUGAAACAGGCAUGUGUCUACUCGUCCUAAAUAAGACGGAUCUGCUACCUGAGGCUCAAAGAGAGAAGCUAAAUCGGGGGCUGAGAGGGGUCUCUGGUCUCCCACCUGUGUGCCUGAUCUCCUGUCAAACCAAUGAGGGACUGAAGGAUUUCCUCACUUUGCUGCAAAGCAGCAUCAAAUCAAUGUGUGGUGACCCUCUCUCUGGAGCGCCUACCCUGACCCAGGCCCGCCACAGGGCCCACUUGCAGCAGUGUGUGGCUUCCCUGGCUCAGUAUGGACGGUACCGUGACUAUGACCUCGCUCUGGCAGCUGAGGGCAUCCGGUUAGCGCUCACCGGACUGGGAAGGAUCACAGGACGAGUCGGAGCAGAGGAGAUUCUGGAUAUCAUCUUCAAAGACUUCUGCAUUGGAAAAUAAAGGAUCGAGAGUGAAAAUAAGAAGCACAGGUAAUCAUGGCUGCCAAAGGAAGGACGUUUUCCCACAGAAACUGUAACUGGAACAACCCGGGCAUUGUGCCAGGCUUCAAGGCACAUUCAGGGUUCAGAUAAUCGACCGCGUUCUUGGCUGCAGACUACCUCCUUUCCCAGGACAAAAACUUUUUUCUGUUUUUUUUUUUUUGUUUGUUUUUUUGUUUUUUGUUUUUAUGCAGCUCAGAUAGUUUAAGGAUGAUGGCAAUGCCUCAGGGGCCCAAUAUACUAAACAAGUGUUUGGCUCUGGCUCGGUCAUCAUCUAAGACUUUUUCCAAGGCUAAAUAUUGCCCUCUGGGGCUGCAACAUACCAGCUUUAAAGCUUGGAAAAACAAAAUCAGUCGUGACCUCUUCAAGGUCCAUAAAGCAUGUGGAUGUUUACUUUUAUCAUUUAAAUUUGAAGUCACUGUCUUGAUAUUUUCAAUAAAUUCUGUAAUUAUU